GAGAGCAGGGUUUCCCCAGAUAAACUGCAAGGCGGGACAUAGAGGGAGAUGCAUCCAGACAAGUAAGCUGGGCCAGAACUGUAUAGAGCUGUAUAGGUCAAAACCAACACUUUGAAUUGAGUUGGGAAAUGGAUCGUCAGCGAGUGGAGCUGACACAACAAGGGGGUGGUGUUCUCCCUGUAUGUCGCUCCAGUUAGUAAUCUGGCUGUCGCCCGUUGGACUAGCUGAAGUUUCCGAACAGUCUUCAAAAGCAGCCCCACGUAGAGUGUGUUGCAGUAAUCUAUUCGGGAUGUAACAAGAGCGUGGACCACUGUUGCCAGAUCAGACUUGCCAAGGUUUAAAGGUGUUGGGCAUCCAUACUUACAUGCUUGAAUAGGAAUGUGUGAUCAUCGGACAGAUCAGUGGCAUGUUGGAGAUAAGUGCCUCGUCCCAUUAUCUGAAAAUGGAAAGCUUUGUGGUGCCACAAUAACGGCUUUGAAAACAGACAAAAAUGGGAAGCUUUUUGCAAUUGUUUCUUUUGAGGCUUCUCAAGAAAAGAAAGUACUUGUAACAAAACUAGAGAAGAUCAAAACCAACAACGAUACAAAAAAGUACUUCAUAUUUGAUGAUGAAGAUUUGGAGAAGCCUUACUUUCCUGACAGAAGGCUUCCAUCCCCUGCAGUUGCCUUUCAAUUGUCCAAGGAUGGACAUCAGAUCCCUUAUACAAUUAAUCGAUACCUACGUGAUUAUCAAAGGGAAGGGGCCCAGUUUUUACAUGGUCACUAUGUUCACAAACGUGGAUGUAUUCUUGGAGAUGACAUGGGACUUGGGAAAACAGUACAGGUUAUUUCAUUUCUGGCUGCAAUGUUGAAUAAAAAGGGGACACGUGCCGAUAUUGAAAAUAAUAUGCCUGAAUUUUUAAGAACAAUGAAAAAUGAAACAUCAUCUGUUUCAAAGAAAAUCUUCUUGAUUGUGUCGCCACUCUCUGUGCUUUAUAAUUGGAAAGAUGAAUUGGAUACUUGGGGCUAUUUCAAGGUUAUAGUUUUGCAUGGCAAUAAAAAAGACUAUGAACUGAAUCGAAUCAAGCAAGGAAAAUGUGAGAUUGCACUAACAACAUACGAAACACUUCGCCUUUUUUUAGAUGAACUUAACAGCCUAGAGUGGUCAGCUGUCAUUGUAGAUGAAGUCCACAGAAUCAAAAAUCCGAAGGCUCAAAUAACUCAGACAAUGAAGGCUCUAACAUGUAAGGUUCGGCUUGGACUUACUGGGACAAUUCUGCAGAAUAAUAUGAAGGAACUUUGGUGUGUCAUGGACUGGGCUGUACCUGGACUUUUGGGGAAUGAAGCACGUUUUAAGAAGGAAUUUUCUGAUCCAGUAGAGCAUGGCCAGCGGCACACUGCCACAAAAAGAGAACUAGCCACUGGCCGUAAGGCAAUGCAAAGAUUAGCUAAACAAAUGUCUAGCUACUUCUUAAGGCGUACAAAGGCUCUUAUUAACGAUCAGCUGCCCAAGAAGGAAGAUAGAAUGGUAUACUGUUCUCUGACUGAGUUCCAGAGAGCUGUUUAUAAAGCCGUAUUGGAAACAGAAGAUGUACGCUUAGUGCUACAAGCACGUAAACCUUGUAGCUGCAGCAGUGGCCGCAAAAGGAAGAACUGUUGUUACAAAACAAAUGUCCAUGGUGAAACGAUGCAAGCAUUGUAUUUCAGCUAUCUCACAAUCCUUCGUAAGAUUGCUAACCACACUGGCCUGUUACAAACAGACAACACUAGCAAACAGCAGGAAGCUCACAUCAGAAGAGUUUGUGAAGAAGUAUUUUCCAAAUUUCCUGAUUUUGUGCAACUUAGCAAAGAUGCAGCAUUUGAAACUAUUUCUGAUCCAAAGUACAGUGGGAAAAUGAAGGUCCUUCAGAAGCUUUUAAAUCACUUCAGAAAAAACAAGAAUAAGGUGCUUCUUUUUUCCUUUUCAACCAAGUUGCUUGAUGUUCUGGAACAAUAUUGCAUGGCAUCUGGGCUAGAUUACCGAAGACUCGAUGGAAAUACAAAGGCAGAGGACAGGGUCAAGAUAGUAAAAGAGUUCAACGGCAUGGAAGAAGUUAACAUUUGCCUUGUUUCUACAAUGGCUGGUGGACUAGGACUCAAUUUUGUUGGUGCUAAUGUUGUUAUACUGUUUGACCCAACUUGGAAUCCAGCUAAUGAUCUACAAGCCAUUGACAGAGCAUACAGGAUUGGCCAAUGCAGAGAUGUGAAAGUAUUUAGACUUAUAUCUUUGGGCACUGUGGAGGAGAUGAUGUACUUGCGGCAAGUUUACAAACAGCAAUUGCAUUGUGUAGUGGUUGGAAGUGAAAAUGCCAAGCGAUAUUUUGAGGCAGUGCAAGGAUCAAAAGAACACCAAGGAGAACUUUUUGGUAUCCAUAAUCUUUUCAGGUUUCAGGACCAUGGAUCCUGUCUUACAAAAGAGAUUCUGGAGAGAGAGGGAAAAGUGGAAGCUGGCGUCAUGACAGCUACUACAUGGUUAGAAGAAGAACCCCAGUCACGCGGAAACCAAAUGCAUGAGCAUGAAGAUCAAGAGACUGUCAGUUGUAAGGAAUCACUGGGGAAGGAAGGGUUUGAUUGUAGCAGUGACUUCAGUGAUGAGGAGUCUGUGCAAGAUUGUAAGGUGAAAGGAGAAAGAAGCAGACUCUCUAAUGCAAAGAACACCAAAACUCUUCAGGGACAACUUACUUUAAUGCAAUGUAGGUUCCCUAAACUUCUGGAAAAGAGAAGCAAAACAACUGAAGAUGACAGUUCCAGUGACGAAAAUGUUGAUGGCCAAUCUAUGAAAAAGAGAUCCAAAGGUAUCUCCUUAAGUAGUUGUUCCCUGAAAAGUGAAGGCCAUUGUAAUAUUUCACAACACCAGACAACCUCUCUGUCACCACACAGAAGAACAAAACAAGAGGAGUGUAUUGAAAAUGUGCAUUGGGAUCCUCCUGCUCCGUCACACAUUAAAGACGAAGACCCUAUUGGAAAAAAUUAUAAAGAUAGGUAUAUCUCAAAUCAAGUUGGGAUAGUUCAAGAGACUGAAGCCAGUUCAUCUGAAAAUGAUGAUGUUCUUAAAAGCUAUAAAGACACAAAUGCAAAGUGUGAAUGUUUAUGUACUGAAAACAGCCCCGAGCUUACAUCUCUCCAAAAACCUUUGAUAUCCGAGCAACGUAGUAGAUGUGCAUCAACUUUCAGUAAAAUAAAAUCAUUUAAAAACAUUCCAAAGAUCAAGACUAUGAAAGAAGAAAGCGACAUUAGUGAUGAGUCUGAUGAUAUCGAGAUGCCAAGAACAAGAGUGCAUAAAUUUGCCACCAGUGGGAAAAAAAGCCAAUUCCAUAACAAGAAGCACAACAACCCUUCCAGAAUAACUUCGUAUCGUAGCAAAUUAAGCACAGAGCAAAGUAGUGCUGAAUCUCAAAAUAUAGAAGAGUUUUCAUCACCUGAAGACAAUUCCGUAUUUGGGAAGACUGAUGUUAAUAAACAAAAGCUAAAGGGGGAUAGGUGUCAAAUUCAGUUUAAGUCUGGAUUAUCGAAAUAUUCCCAUCACCCCUCUGUGGUGCUGAGAAAACCAAGUAAUUCAGAUAGACUACUGAACCCUUUGAGCAAAGAAGCAACUUCUAGCCAAAGACGAGAAGAGGGAUCAUUGGACAGACUUCUUGAUGAUGUGGCUGAAGUCUCAUACAUUCAUUCAAACCAAAACGUUGUUGGCGCAAGCAAAGCUGAAAAUCAGAUGAGUCGGUGGGCAGUGCGCGAUGUAUUUGAACUACAGCAAUUUUCCCAACUCCCUGCAAAUGUAGCAGUAUGGCGAGCCAAGAAAUCCAGGAAGAAUUCAGGAGAAGCUCCAUCAAAAAUCACCAAACCAGGUCUCCUCUAUAUCAGACAUCCUGUGUGCCAAAAGGAGAAGAGGAUCCACCGAAUAGGCUCAAAGACUUUCUUACUUGGAAGGACACCCAAAAAAAUCCGUAGGAAACAAUUUGAAGAAAUGGCAGCUCAUUUUCGUAAGAAUCCAGUGGAAGACUUUGCAAGAUAUAUUGCCAGAGUAACAUCAGAGGAAAGGCAGAAAAUGUUGAAAGCAUUUUAUGGUGAAAAAUACCCAGAACUGAAGGACUUAUUAAAAAUUGAGGUUCCAGUUUGUGCUGCAGAGGAAAGUGAAGAAACUGAUGUACACAGACCCUUGUCCAGAAAAAAUGAAAAACCAAAGUCUGAUCCUUCAACCGAUGUGUGUGUCCAAAAAAGACAUGAUGCAGAAGGAAAGCAAUUUCAAUAUUAUCCCUGCAUACAGGCUGCUGUGUGUCAUAACGGGGAGGAUAAACAAUUGCCCACUGUCAUUAACCAAGAUAGCAUUAGUGGGAGAAACAGUCAGGCAUUCAAAGACUUUAUGGCAUCUGACUCAUUAAGCAGUAAAUCAGGAAUAAUUGAGGGGCUGUCUGCAAAUACUACUAAAGGACAGCCAAACUUGAAGGGGACACAGUCGCCAAGAAAACCCUUUCCGUCUCCGUUAGAGAACAGACAGACUCAAAUAUGCGAGGAAAACUCAUUUGCAGACUUACUAGGAGACACCUCCAUUUUGCACGACCUCUUCAAAGGCAAUGAAAGGCCAAGAGAACCACCCAGGAGGUCUCUUUCUCAGCCUGCGGAAAAAGCAAAAACUCAGGCAAAAGACUUCUGGGAUCUGUUGAAUGAACAGAAUGAGGAGGGCCUCCAAAAACUCACAGACUUGGCGGUUGUAGAGAAAUUGUGUGAAACACCUUUGUCUAAGAAGAAAGAAGAAGAACAAAAACCACUUUGGAAGAAAAAUGACAAUUUCUUGUGGAAAAGAUAUAACACAAGUGACACCGAUGAUGACUCUUCCCCAGGAAUGAGAUGCGAUGCCUAAAAUAUAAAGCAAGAGGGAAACCAUACACAGGU